GCAAAUGCGCGACUUCUGUGCGCAGUACAGAAAUCCAAUAUGGCGUCCAAAAGAAGAAUCGAAGGAGAAGAAAGUCCCGGUGCUCUUGUACCUGUUUUGAAGAAACCUAAACAAAAUCAGCUAUCAGUAAUCGAUCCAAAAAAUGCUAUCCAAGCGCUGCCAAACCGGACGUCAGCGUUAGAAUCUCCAAUAAUGUUGCUGACAGGACAUGAGGGGGAGAUCUAUUCGUCUCGUUUUCAUCCUUCUGGGGAAACGUUAGCUUCAGUUGGAUUCGACAGAUUGAUUUACCUAUGGAAUGUGUAUGGUGAAUGUGAGAACUUUGCUGUGCUGAAGGGUCACACAGGGGCGAUAAUGGACAUACACUUUUCUACAGAUGGAAACACCAUGUUUACAGCAUCCACUGACAAAACUGUGGCACUAUGGGACUACGAGACAGGUGCUAGAAUGAAACGACUCAAAGGUCACACAUCCUUUGUCAAUAGCUGCUGUCCAUCACGACGUGGGAUGCAGUAUGUUGUCAGUGGCUCAGAUGAUAGUACAAUUAAGUUAUGGGACACAAGAAAGAGAGGCUGCGCUCAAACAUUCCAAAAUGUGUUCCAGGUCACUGCUGUUGCUUUCAGUGAUGCAAGUGAUCAGAUAUUCUCUGGAGGGAUUGAUAAUGAAAUCAAAGUAUGGGAUUUACGUAAGAAUGAUGUCCUGUAUAAGAUGUCUGGACACACAGACACAGUCACAGGCGUUCAACUCAGUCCAGAUGGCUCAUUCUUACUAUCCAACUCAAUGGAUAACACAGUCCGUAUGUGGGAUGUUAGGGCAUUUGCCCCAAUGGAAAGGUGCUUGAAAGUGUUUCUUGGAGCUCAACAUAACUUCGAAAAGAAUCUGAUCAAGUGUUCCUGGUCACCUGAUGGACUUAUGAUUGCGGCCGGGUCAGCCGACAGAUUCGUCUACGUCUGGGACACCAACUCACGUCGCAUCCUGUACAAGUUGCCAGGCCAUGCUGGCUCUGUGAAUGAUGCACACUUCCAUCCUACUGAACCUAUUUUAUUAUCAUGUGGAAGUGACAAGAAACUCUUCUUAGGUGAACUUCAAGCCUAGCUGUUUUCCGACAGCCUACGCCUUGACUUCCUUAUCGGACUUCCUGUGCUCCAGGUGAACCGUAGGGAGCGUGGGAUCGCCACAGGAAACCCGUUACGUCUCUUUUCCGCUACAGGCGACCUGAUCAGAACGCCAUGGAUUAGGGAGGUUUUCACUAUGUAAAUAAAUCACGGGCUCGUUUAAAAAAAUGACUCCUUUUCCUACUUUUUCUCGCAAAUCUGGUGAAUAGCUGAUGUUUUCUUUUUGUCUAACAUUUCUAGUAAAUAUAGUUUUGUAAAAUACUUACUAUUCUAGAAAUGCAAAUAAAAUUUGUUUAAAAAUACA